UCCAUAUCUGCUACAGUUAAUUCUUGGCCUCAAGUGAAGAGGAGAAAGCUUGAAGAUCAACUAAGUAAUUGCUUUUCUGCCUCUCACAAUUCCCAGAUGCCUAAAUAUUGUAACAUAAAAAUGUCCUCUGAGAGCAAAGGUGUGGAAAUUAUUGAAAAACAAGUAAAAGAUGUAUUAAAAGAAGAUUCUUGUGUAGGCAGCUUAACUAGUGAACUAUGCCCAAUGGUGGACCACCAUGCGCCAGAAGGAUUGGGUUUGAACUUGGUCGAUUCUAAUAAUUGCAUGUUUAAGGUAAGAGAUCCAGAAUGUGCAACACUAAAUACAGAUAGAUGCUACACACCAAAUGAACAAAUACAUGCUCCUACCGAUCUCGAUGAUGGAGUACUCCAGGUAUCAAGUAAAACGAAAGAAGCAAUCGGUGAUAGUCCUGGUUACGUAAUUGAGAAAACAGGAGGAGAAAUUCCGGAUGGCCCUAAUUUUGAUGCAUGUAAGCGAUCUGACGAACAUGACAUCAAAAGUGCCUUGAAUCAUAAGAAUGGUGCUGGUUUAGUAGAUAAUCGUGGAAGCAUAAGUUAUACAGGGAAAAUAGUUCUAAAACAUAACUCUAACUUUGUCGAAGACAAUGUUUUCCCACAUUCUUUCUUUCACUCGUCACGUGAUGAAGUAGUGAAUACUCAUAUAGUUGAUACUUUACCCAUGUAUGAGGGUUUCAUCAUUGAUCCCCCGGUAGCAGAUGGAAAACUUGACGUGUCUGAAGCUGGAAUUAACUUUGAAGCGUUAGCCCUUUCAGAGACUACAAUUGAGCGUGCUAGCAUCCUGGAGCAGAUUUGUAGAUCAGCUAGCAUGCAGAGACCUUCAUCUGAUCUAUCAUCUGCUCUCAAAUUGCACAGGUCGCACACCUUGUAUCAAUCACUGCCUGAAGGUCUUCUUGAACAAGGGGACUUACGAAACACCUCAUUUUAUACUGAAGAUAUUGAUAAACAGCUUAGACACAGUACCAGUUGUGCAGAGGAAGUCAGGGAUGAGGUUAAAGAAAUGUCAUAUUCGGAUUGUGUAGGUUACUCUGGUGCCAUUUUCAAGUGGAAAUCAGGAAGUCCGUAUGCAUCUCCUGUUGGAAAGCUGUGGGAAAGAACCUCAUCGCAUUCGGGCAGUUUAAAGAAACAAUUGAGCUCAAACCCAGAGCUUACUUGUUUCCCUAUCAAGGAGGACUCCUCAAUUGGUGAGGAAAAUGAGAACAUGGAUAAACUGGCUGAUGAAGUCCAAUAUGAUAUUGAUUCCUUGGUUGGAAAUAGUGAUGCCGAAAGAAAUCCACCUUUUGAUAUAGCCAGUACAUGCUUGAACCCUCAUGCAUCAGUGUCUGCAGCAAAGAAAAAGGUUCAAGCUGGUGGUAGAAUGGACUUCGUCAAAUCUGAUGUAGAUUUGAGUGCAACACGUAAUAAUGCCAGAAGAAAGCUUCGGAGCCAUUCUAGAAAUGUAAGUGAGGGAAAGGAAAACCAACCUCUAAUGAUGACUGCAAAGAAAAAAGAGAAGCUGUCACAUUCCAAUGCUUCUAAGAAGCAUGAACUAUCAGCAGCUUCUUGUUUGAGGAAAAAGGAGGAGAAGCUUUCAGAGAGAUGGCAUAAACAUGACAAUAUUGUUUCAAAUCUUACUUCAUUUAUACCACUUGUCCACAAAAAACAAGCAGCUACUCUGUGUACAGGAAAGAAAGAAGUAAAGAUUAAGGCUCUGGAGGCAGCUGAGGCAGCCAAACGUCAUGAUGAGAAAAAAGAGAUUGAACGUAAGAAGAGGAAAGAAGAAAAUUUAAGACAGCUAGAAAUAAACAAACAAAAGAAACAAGAUGAAAGAAAGAAAAAAGAAGCUGAAGUUUUAGCAAGGAAAAGGAUGAGAGCUGAAGAGGAGAAAAAUGACAAGGAGAAGAAACGACUUCGAAUUGGAGAGUUACGGAGACAGCAAAAUGAGGAGGAAAAGUUCCGUGUUAAAAAAGUAGAUGUUGAAAAAAAGUGUUCUGCUAUUGUUGGAAAACCAAUACAUGCUGAAAUAUUGGAAAAUGACAACUCAGGAGCCACAGUUUCUCAUGACAGCCUCGACACGUCAGAUGAUCAAAGUCAACCUGAAACGAAGCUAUAUGCCAAUUUUGAUAAACAAGAUCAAAACUUCACUGCCAUGGGAGCUCAAUUGAAGUCAUAUGAGAUUUCUCCAUAUAAAUGUUCCGAUGAUGAAGGUGAAGAUGAAGAUGAGGAAGAAACCACACAAAAACCUAUUCCCUCAUGGGCCAGAAAAAAUUGUGUUGCUCAGUUUCUUCUCUUUCAGCAAGAAAUGGAUCCUGACUUCAUAUUUCAUCCAAAUAGUUUAUGCAGUAUCGAUGAAGGUCAGUUUCUCUGUGUGAUGGAGCAACCUCAAAUUCUUGCAUUUUAUUAAGCAUCUCUAAUGAGUGUGAUUACUGAAACAAAAACCCAAGUUCCCAAAUAACCUCCAUAUAAGUCCCAUUGCAUGUCUUAACUUCUUUAAGAUUAAGAUAUGGUAAUAAUCCUGAAGCAAUAGUAGCACCCAUUUUAUAACCUAAAUUCUUCCACAGGUCAAAACUAUAUUGAUUAACUUUUACAUGUCAUCAAUUUGGUAAGGUUUGAUUAUUUUUUGUGCAAGCUUAAAAAUCUUCAUUCUAUGUGCAGUUCUCCUGCCUCGAAAGCUACAGCUGAAACAUGCAGCACUUUGAGUUGAAUACUUGAAUGGUUGGAAAAAGUUCAGGGAACUUUUGAGUGUAUCCUCCAACUUCCAAGUCCUGCCCCUAGAGGAGAGGCCUAGACAGUUUCUAAUUUUAACCAAUGAUCAGGUCCCUAGGCUACUGUAAUGAUGUGUCUGUAUGAUGUUUUCUUUAAAUUCAGUUAAUAUGUCAAAAAAUUCUGUAUAAAUAAGAGUGAUGUGUUUAUUUAUUUUCGAUUAAAUGAAAUGAUUUAGCAAACUUUUAAUUGUAAAAAAUUUCAAACAUACAA